CUCCACGGCUUCGAGAUGGGCGCGCCCCUUGCUCCCUUCCCCGCCUCCCGCCCGCCCAGUGGGCCUCCCUCGCUUCCUUUCCCACAACCCUUUCGCUUUCUCCGAGCAGCGAGGUCAGCGGAGGAAGCAGCAGCAGCAGCAGACACAGAAAUGGACGUGCUACCCUCAUGGGCUCCUGCUGUUGCCUUCACACUCUUGCCAAAUGCCGGAAGCAUUUGGGGAGCCAGGAUUGUCAAGAAAGAACUGCCUACAUGGUAUGAAUCACUGGAGAAGCCAUCUUGGCGUCCCCCCAACUGGGUCUUCCCCCCUGUCUGGGGAGCUUUAUAUUCGUCAAUGGGAUAUGGUUCUUACCUCGUGUGGAGGGAAUUGGGAGGCUUCAACGAAAAAUCCCUGGUUCCCCUUGGGCUGUACGCAGGAAACCUGGCAUUAAAUUGGUCCUGGGUCCCCAUAUUCUUCGGAAAGCACCAGACAGGCUGGGGGCUGGUGACUUUAUUGCUCACCACAGGAGCAGCAACAGCUACAACUACUGUCUGGUACCAUGUCAACAAAACAGCAGCCUAUUUGAUGUACCCUUAUUUAGCCUGGCUAACUUUUGCCUCUGUGCUGAACUAUCGUAUCUGGAAAGACAAUCGCAAUAAGAAACAUCUGUAACUGUAAUGCACAUUUUUCCCGAGCUUUUUUUUUUUUAAAAAAGAAACAUUUUCUAAGUUGGAUUCCAGUUCCACCACCCCACUGCUUAAACCAUUAUGCUGUCUCAGGUUUAUUGCUUAAUAAAUCUAAUAAACUUCAGUAACGGACCCAGAAA